UUGGCGCCCCCUUUUUCUGUCUCGCUCUUAACUCGUUUUUCCCCCUUUUCUAGCGGGAUAAAAAGAACUCGUCGACCAGUGCACGCUGCUGUCGUUGCACAAAGAUACCUAAAACAGAAGAUAAAAAGCAAACUAGAUUUCUAAGAAUUUCUCAAAAUCCGAUUCGCCAUGUCAGUGCGUAGGCGCACCUUGCUCAAGGUCAUCGUUCUCGGCGACAGUGGGGUUGGCAAGACGUCGUUGAUGAAUCAAUAUGUGCAUAAGAGGUUCAGUCAGCAGUAUAAAGCCACAAUUGGUGCAGAUUUUGUCACGAAAGAACUCCAAAUCGAUGACAGGCUCGUCACUCUACAAAUAUGGGACACAGCUGGGCAAGAACGGUUUCAAAGUCUUGGAGUUGCAUUUUAUAGAGGGGCAGAUUGCUGUGUUCUAGUUUAUGAUGUUAACGUGAUGAAAUCUUUUGAUACUCUUGACAACUGGCACGAGGAGUUUCUUAAACAGGCAAACCCACCUGACCCAAGGACGUUUCCAUUUAUAUUGCUUGGAAACAAGAUUGAUGUUGAUGGUGGGAAUAGUCGAGUGGUUUCUGAGAAGAAAGCAAAGGAGUGGUGUGCUUCAAAAGGCAACAUCCCUUACUUCGAGACAUCAGCAAAAGAGGAUUAUAAUGUUGAUGCUGCAUUCUUCUGUAUUGCCAAGACUGCUCUAGCUAGCGAGCGUGAACAGGACAUAUAUUUCCAGGGCAUACCAGAGGCUGUUUCGGAGGCUGAGCCCAGGGGUGGUUGUGCAUGCUGACCUGGUUAUGAUUGCGGCUUCGUUUUUUUGUGGUCCUUUUGAUUCAUACCAUAUUUUUUUUUUUUUUUUUUUUAUUUUAUUUAUAAUUUUGUAUGCACUGUAUUCCUUGGAUUGGUUCACCACGAGUUGUUCUAAGCAUAGAUUAGGAAAUGAAUGCUCCAUUUUGUAGUUAUCAAGUCCUGCUCCUGGGCGUGAAACUGUUAAUCUUAAUUUUUGGGUGUAGCUACUCGUUGUGGCUGUUAUUGAGUGAUGAUGGUUGUGUCAUUUCAUUUCUUCAGCUGCCCAGUUGUUUCACUACGGCAAGCUGGUUCCAUUUUGUUGGACAUAAUUUCAUUGAAUUAGAUUCACAAGAACUACUAAAUGCAAGGAGAUCUUUCGUAUU